CUGGACAAGGCACUAGGACCUAGAAGGCAACUAUCCACCCUGGCAGGAAUUUCUUGCUUGGAGCUCAGACAACAAAGGCAUAGAGAGAUUGGUUUUCUUUCUCUCAGCAUCUCCACCCAACCAGCAGAAAACCGGUUGCCGUGGUUCCAUAAAAAUAUGGAACUUGAUUUUGGACAUUUUGACGAAAGAGACAAGGCAUCUAGGAAUAUGAGAGGGACACGGAUGAAUGGCCUUCCAAGUCCCACUCACAGUGCCCACUGUAGCUUCUAUAGAACCAGAACCUUGCAGGCACUAAGUAAUGAGAAGAAGGCCAAGAAGGUACGUUUCUACCGCAAUGGGGAUCGAUACUUCAAGGGGAUUGUGUACGCUGUUUCUUCUGACCGUUUCCGUAGUUUUGACGCAUUGCUGGCUGACCUGACUCGAUCCUUGUCGGACAACAUCAACCUGCCUCAGGGAGUGCGCUAUAUUUACACCAUCGAUGGAUCCAGGAAAAUCGGAAGCAUGGAUGAAUUGGAAGAAGGGGAAAGCUAUGUCUGUUCUUCAGACAACUUCUUUAAAAAGGUUGAGUACACCAAGAAUGUCAAUCCCAAUUGGUCCGUCAACGUAAAAACAUCUGCCAAUAUGAAAGCUCCCCAGUCCUUGGCUAGCAGCAACAGUGCUCAAGCCAGAGAGAACAAGGACUUUGUGCGCCCCAAACUUGUGACCAUCAUCCGCAGCGGCGUGAAACCCCGGAAGGCAGUGCGUGUGCUUCUCAACAAGAAAACAGCCCACUCGUUCGAGCAGGUUCUCACUGAUAUCACAGAAGCAAUCAAGCUUGAAACCGGAGUCGUCAAAAAACUGUACACCCUUGAUGGAAAGCAGGUAACCUGUCUCCAUGAUUUCUUUGGUGAUGAUGAUGUGUUCAUUGCUUGUGGUCCUGAAAAGUUCCGCUAUGCUCAAGACGAUUUUUCUUUGGAUGAGAACGAAUGCAGAGUCAUGAAAGGGAAUCCGUCUGCCACAGCUGGCCCAAAAGCUUCCCCAACACCUCAAAAGACAUCAGCCAAGAGUCCAGGCCCAAUGCGUCGCAGCAAGUCUCCAGCUGACUCAGGUAACGACCAAGACGCAAAUGGAACAUCCAGCAGCCAGCUGUCAACACCUAAAUCGAAGCAGUCUCCUAUCUCUACACCCACUAGUCCAGGAAGCCUGCGGAAGCACAAGGACUUGUAUCUGCCGCUGUCCCUGGAUGACUCUGAUUCACUUGGCGAUUCCAUGUGAAAGAUGGGAGGCUACCUAAAAACCUAUCAUUAUAGCAGAAUUCGUUCGCUCAAGUGACCAACAAGGCUAUUGGUGCUUAA